UGAUUGUGGAAUCGGGGUGUUGUGGACUGGAGGACGGAAGAUGGGCUGACGUCGAGGUGGAGGGCGUGGCACGUGCCUGGCCGGAGAUCGUGCCGAGCUUCCACUCCGUCUUUGCCACUUUUCGGAACUUCUCCAUCGACCACCUGCCAUCGACCAUGUCCGAGGAUAACAAGGGAGCACCGCGCGCGCCACUCAACAUUCCCGCUGGGAACAGCCCUAUCACGCCGGAUCGUGACGCGCAGUUUGAUCCGGAGGCGGAGAAGCUCACCGGCAACUGGUGGGAGGACCGAAAGCGCGCGCUCAAGCGCGUCUCCAUGAACGACUUCUCCCUCGAGCGGGCCGGCCAGGUCCCCUGCCUGCGCUCGUCGGCGCUGUAUGGCAUCUCCGGCGGCGUUGGGAUCGGUGCGAUCCGCUUCCUUGGCACAAGGAAAGUGUACAGCGCGUGCAACUGGGCGGUGCUGAGCGGAUGCGCCGUCGCACUCGGCGCCUGGGAGAUGUGCAACGCCCAGAGGAGGGAGGAGCUGCGCAACAUGCGCAUGAUCCAGGAGAAAUUCCCCCAUCGCCACGUCUCCAACCUCAAGCGUCAAGGUGACGAUUGGGAGCCACCAACCGGGACUAAGCAAUAG